AUGCGGUCUACAGUUGCGGAUAGUAGCUCAAGGCUGCGCAUACGGUACAAGAUGUCUAACGACGUUCUUGAGGACAUCAGGCUGCUCCGCCUGGGUCUUGAGAGGUGGGGUUUGCGCAAGUUCAGCAGCCACCUGCUCUCCGACACAGGAGAACCUGCGCAGAAGGCCGAGCAAGUCUUGCGCCAGUGCUGGGAGGAAUCCGAGGGCGGCCCUGCCGAGUCGCAGAGCAGCACCGAUGGAGACGAGCAACCCAACUACGUCGUCUACGGCAUGUUACAGGUGUGCCUGGAGCAUUGGCAGGGCACUACCUCGUGGCAACGUGGCGACAAGGAUGUGAAGUCUUCACGGCACAAGCCAACAGGCCCGCUGUCGGUCGUCUUCAACGCGGUGUUCAUCAGCAUCCUGAAGAAAAUCAAGCUGUUGGUCGUGCAUAAACACCCCGACCAGUUCCAGCGUGCUGUGCGUCACUUCACGACUGUGAUAUCGCGCAUGUUCACUGGUGCGUACGGUUCGGAGUUCUACCAGGAGCUGGAGGCGGAGGAUCUGAAGCUGAUAGUGUUUCUGCUACGUACGCUACUGUCAAUGUUCCUGGACACUCAGGUUGAUUGCCUUUACCCCGAUGGCGCGCUGCCCGUGUUCAACGUGAUCAGCGGGCUGCGGCCUCAGUACCUGUCCGGCUUCGAACACGACCUCAUCACCGACUUCCGAGAUGUGAGUAAUGCGUGA